AUGACCAGCAAAGUGGGUCAAUGGAAACCAAGAUCCAGGCUAUACGAAAAGGAUUUAGAAAAAGACAGCUACUUUAAAGAAAUCUUUGUGGAGGAUGCUCUACUUGAAGCAGAGAAUUAUCGCCGAUCAUCAUUAUCAGAAGAUGAACAAAGUUCAACUGGAAUGUCAUCCGAUGGAGAGCUGCUAGAAGAACCAGAGCCACCCGCAGAAGAGAUGCCCCUCAAAGCGCCACACAGAAUACCCUUACAUCAACGCAAUGUUACUCGCAUCAAACGCAGUGUGCUUCAGAAAUUCAUGCUCGCCGUCAAGUCUGUGAUAUCCGCUCUCCUCUCAUUUCCCAUUUUAUUCUUUUUUGUAACCAUGGCAGUGUAUACUACUGGAAAACAGCAGUUGUUGGACAAACAAAAGCGCAUUCAGGAAUCAGAUGAAGACGACAUGCCUGAUGAACUACUGACACAAGACGAAACAUACUAUGCUGAGCGAUGGGGAUAUACCAGUGAGAUGCAUGAAGUGGUAACUCAAGAUGGUUACAUUCUGAAAAUGUAUCGCAUCAAUAAAAAGGGAUCCAUACCAAGAGGUAAACCUGUCUUGAUUGGCCAUGGUUUAUUUCAAUGCUCUGGCGCCUUUGUCUUGAAUGAACAACGCUCAUUAGCAUUUACAUUGAUUGAUCAGGGCUACGAUGUGUGGGUAGGAAACAACCGAUCCAUUGCUGGCUUGGAUCAUGUCUCGUUAUCGUUCAAGGAUCCCGAGUAUUGGAAUUGGGGACUAAAGGAGUUGGGUAUCUACGAUUUCGCUGCCAUGUUGGAUCAUGUGAAGUUGUAUUCAAAUAGCUCAAAGGUCGCUUAUAUUGGCCAUUCUCAAGGCAAUGCACAAGCAUUCAUUGCGCUAUCACUAUGCCCAGAGAUUGCUGACAACUUGAGCUGCUUUAUCGCUUUAGCGCCUGCUGUCUUUUCUGGUAAUCUCGUAAACACAUUUCCUCUGAAUCGCUUGAUCAAUCUGAGUGAUUGGUUCUAUAGCUUAAUGUUUGGCACUGGAUCCUUCUUGCCCGUCAUGUCAUUUGCGCAGACGAUUGUCGAACCCAGACUAUUUUGUUUCUUGGCAUACAGCAUGUUUUCAUACUUGUUUAGUUGGUGGGACAGCCAUUGGCUUCGCAGAAGAAAAGCAAAGUACUUUCAAUUCACACCACGCCCUGUGAGUUCUCGUCUGAUUGCAGAUUGGAUUGCAGGUUGGGGACGUAAAGGGGUGUGUUUGUACGUAGCAGACCAAAAUACGGUCAUGAACACAGAUUUCAAGCGAAAGGUGCCUUUGGUGGUGUUUUACGGUACAGCCGAUUAUCUGGUCAAUGGAGAGCGAUUUGUACGCACAUUUCCCGGUUAUGAGACACAUGGAUUAUCGCCUGAACAGGUGGCCAAAGAGAGCACACCUUCAACCUCCGACUGUCAAAAGACGCUGUUUCCCAUGUUGGAUUUGGUUCAUGUGGAGCGUGUGGACGGAUACGAGCAUAUGGAUACUAUUUGGGGACAUGACAACCAUAAAACAACGUAUCCUAUUGUUUUGAAAAACCUGGAGAAUGCAAGAUGGGAAUAG